AUGGUUUCGUGGAGCCAGUUUCCACCUGAAAUAAAGCGAAAAAUCGCUGAAAAUUAUGAUUUCAUGAGCAGGAUUUCAAUGAGAAAUGCAUGCCAUGUGGAUCGUCAAAUUGUGGAUUCAACGAAAUUUCGAAUUCCACGUGUCAGAUUUGGGUACAAACAAGACAAAUGUUUGAUUUGUAUUUAUACGGGAAUCGAGAAGUUUCUGAGAUUGGAAAUUCAAAAAUGUGGAAAUGGAGUUGUCCUUCAUAAAUCCGAAAACAGUUUCGACACUUCCCGGAUUCCACGAAAAUUCAUUUCAUCUGAAAAUCUUUUGAACUUUGGACUCUCAAUUCUCAAAAAUCUCCUUCACGAUUCAAUCGAAAUCAAUGCAAUCGAAUGGGAUUUAGAUGAUUUCUUAUUGGAAGACUCAAAAAAUCCUGAAAAUUAUCUGAAAGUUUCUCAAAAAAUUUUUGGAUUCCAAAAAUUUCAUGUCAAGGAAAUGGUGUCAACUCCGAGAUCCGAGGAAACAUAUAAAUUUUUCAAUCGGUUUUUUAUCGAUUUUUCGCAUUUCAACGAGCUGGAAUGUAUGAGAGAUAUUUUCGUUCAUACGAGGAUUGAUAACUUGUAUCCAGUGAUUGCGUAUGAUAUGGAUGUUCCAUUUUGUGGAAAAUCGAAUUACCACACCCAUCUCUGUACCGUAGCCGAUGAAGAGUUUCGGACUCGCAGACGAUGGGAUUAUGAGCUGAUUCACGUAAUAAAUGGUGUUAAUUAUCAUGCAAUUGAUUCUGGAACUUUUCGAGAUAUCAGUGAAAUCCCCAUCCAAAAUCCGGAACCUCGAAAAAGAACAUGGGAUCUAACGGAUGUCAUUUGGGAAUACUCGUCGAAGUGUGGAAAAUGGAGUCAUGAAAUGCCAACGUCGAAGGAGAGAGCAUUGAGACAAAAAUUUCAUGUUUGUAGUUUUGAAACAAUUUUUUCGAACAAUUUUAGACUCUUGAAACUUUAA